CCCUGCCUAAAUCCCCACAAACCAAAAAAAAUAUUUAUAUAACAUUAUUUACUUUUCACACAUGUGAAUCUUUUUCUUUUUUAUGUCUCUCUGUCUCUCUUUCUCUCUCCCUCUCUCAAAGUUAUUCUUACCCUAAAAUCCAUUUCAAGAACACAAAAACCAGAGUUUAAAGUUUCCUCUCCCCCAAAAAAAGAUGCCUUUGAGCAACAAUGUAAUCGGUUGCAUAAACUUCAUCUCCGUCCUCCUCUCCAUCCCGGUCAUCGGCGCCGGAAUCUGGCUAGCCAUGGGAACAGUUAACUCCUGCGUCAAGCUCCUUCAAUGGCCAGUUAUAAUCCUCGGGAUCUUAAUCCUCCUAGUGGGUCUCGCUGGUUUCAUCGGAGGGUUUUGGAGAAUCACGUGGCUUCUUGUUGUUUACUUAAUCGCCAUGCUUGUUCUCAUUGUACUUUUAGGUCUUCUUGUCGGGUUUAUUUACAUGGUAACCAUUAGAGGCGCUGGUCAUCCAGAGCCAAGUAGAGCUUAUCUUGAGUAUAGCCUUCAAGAUUUCUCUGGUUGGUUACGUAGAAGAGUUCAGAGAUCUUAUAAAUGGGAAAGGAUCCGUACUUGUUUGAGUACUACUACUAUCUGCCCUGAACUGAACCAGAGAUUCACUAUGGCUCAAGAUUUCUUCAAUGCUCGUCUUAGUCCCAUUCAAUCUGGUUGCUGCAAGCCCCCAACAAAAUGUGGUUUCACAUUCGUAAACCCAACUUAUUGGAUAAGUCCUAUAGAUAUGUCUGCUGAUAUGGAUUGUCUACAAUGGAGCAAUGAUCAAAACACGUUGUGUUACGGUUGUGAUUCUUGUAAAGCCGGUUUGCUCGCAAAUAUUAAGGUAGAUUGGUUAAAAGCUGAUAUCUUUCUCCUUUUGACGCUUAUUGGAUUGAUCAUCGUUUACAUCAUCGGGUGCUGCGCCUUCCGAAACGCCGAAACUGAGGAUAUUUUCAGGAAGUACAAGCAAGGUUAUACAUGAUCGAUAUGAGAAGUUAAGCGGCAAAACUGAGAGGAAUUUUUAUAAAUUUAUUGGAUUCCUGUAUUUUCGUUUCUCUACGUUUUGGCCCCUGUAGUCUGUUUUAUGUAUAACUACUACCAGAACAUUUGCUUUGUAACAUGAAGAAUAUUUUGUAUAAUCUCUUUGGUUUGGGUUUUGUGAAACUUUGAAUAUGUAA